GCCACCCGCCGCGCUGCCCAUGGGACCCCGCCGCCCGGCGCUGCCCCCGCGGCUGCCGCUGUUGCUGCUGCUGUGCGCCGUUUCUAAAGGCACUUUUGGGGAAGCACAUCUCAGAAAUCGAAGAGGAAUUCUUGAAUUAGCUGGAGCCAUUAGAUGCACUACAGGCCGAUCUCCUUUUGCCUACCUACGUUAUGGAUGCUACUGUGGUCUGGGAGGAAGAGGAUGGCCCAAGGACAGAGUAGAUUGGUGCUGCUUUCACCAUGACUGCUGCUAUGGUAAGGCAGAACAAGCAGGUUGUCAACCAAAGACAGAAACUUACCACUGGGAAUGUAAAGACAAUGCUGCCGUGUGUGAAUCACUAGAAGACAAAUGUCAAAAAAUGGCAUGUGAAUGUGACCGUGAAGCUGCCAAAUGUUUUUCUAAAGCUCCCUAUCACACAAAAUACCUUUUGUGGCCAGAUUUUAUGUGUGGUGAGAUUCAGCCUUUGUGUAGGUAUUAGAUACACAACACCAGUCUUUAUGAAAACUCGUCUGUACCUAAAUCUAAAAUGAGGGGCUUUUGUCACAGUACUGACCAUAAAUUAUUUUCCCCUUUCUUGAUCCUCCUUCCUGCCACCUUAGCCUCUCCACCCCAGAAUGGCCAAAAUAAACAUUUAUCCUCUUGUUUACCUUCUACAGUACACAGACUAAA